AUGACGGCAAACGAAGAGAAAUCCAGAUUGUUGAAAAUAUUACAAGACCUCGAAGUCCCCGAGGACAGGCUACCAGAACGUUGUCAGGGACUGUUGAAAGAAUUCUAUCAAAAAUUUGCGCAAGAAUUAGAGGAAAAUGUAGAGGAUGUAGGAGAUGUGUAUUACGAAAAUCCGUACAUUCCAGAUAAGGAGUCCCUUAAAGAAAAUGAACGAAAGCUUCGUGAACUGUUAUCGGAAGAAAAACGAACUAAACAGGAAUGCAUCGAAGAGAACACUGCAGAUGUUAAGAGACCCUGGCGCAUUAACUCAAGCAAAGAAAAGCUGCUGCGUAUCGACGGUGAUUUAAAAAGACAUUUGGAACGAGGUGCAGACUUGAUCGAACCUUUGACUGAUACCGACAUGCAAGAGCUGGUUAAGACCUGUCUAGAGACAAAUGCAAAGUCGGGCCCGAUCAAUGCAGAUCUGCUUCGCGAAACGAUAGAUGACGCUCGGAUGAAUCUACCGAACUUUCAAUACCGGAAAGUGGACAACAAGACUGCUACUGCAAUCCUACUGGGUGCACAUGUGGCAAAGGACAACGUAACUGGAAAAGAUGACGGAAAAAACAGACUUAAUUGA